UGAGUCGGACUUCCCAUCACUAGUGAACGCGGCUCUGUUUACAUCUGCGGAAUUUCCCAGCUCGCGCCGCGAACCACUUCCGCAAACCUCCGGCCGAUCAAAGACGCGUCUCCGUCAAGGUACAGAAAGAGCUCCUCUUUUCAUAAAAAACAAAAAACUAGCGGUAAAAUACAGUACAGGGAAACAUGUUUGGUAAGUGACGGGGGUGACAGAUGGAGGGAAAAGGCCCAUAUCGCAUCUAUGACCCCGGUGGGAGCGAUUGCCAGGUGAAAGACGAGGCCAGCAGCCUCAGCUACAGACAGCUGCUAGAGGAAAACACCGUUUUGAGGGAGAGAAUGAAAGGUCUGAAGAGUUUAGGAGACCUGUUAGAGGAGUCUCAGACAGAGGCAGCCAAGCUUCGGAAGAGGGUGGAGGAGCUGGUGCGGGAUAACGAAGCACUGAAGUCGUCCACGACCAGCUUUGCCUCCAGUCUUUGCAUGGGCACCCCUGUUCAGACAGACACACAAGGUCAUGGAAAACAUCACGCUUAUCCUACAACAGAAAGACAAGAAUCUCGGGAUUGUUUAACUGGAAAUACUUUACAACCAGAGGCAACCGAAAAUUCAUCUGAGUUUGAGGUGGUGAAUAUGGAAGAGAAGACGGCCUCGGAAACGCAGACGGCUGGAGUGAUUCACCUGCCACAGGAGAACAUGGAGCUGGCAAGUCAACUCCGGCGACUGGAGAGUUCUUUUAGUGUAUUUGCUGAAGAGUCCAAUCCCAACCAGCUGCUGUCUCACCUGGGCCGCAUGGCUGUGGAAUUCCACCACUUAUCAUCCAAGGUCCAGAAGAACGAACAGAGAACAUCUCUCUUACAGACGCUCUGCGAACAGCUAAGACAAGAAAACAAUGAGCUUAGGAAAAAAAUGGAGGAGGACCUCCAGUAUCGUAACAUUGAUUUUGAACAGCUGAGGCAGGAGAACUUGAAACUGAAGGAGCAGGUCAGCGGAGGAGCCCAAGCAGCACCUAUCGAGCAACCGAGCCCAAAGGAGGAGCCAGUGAAAGAAGAGACAACCAAAACUAAGUCUGGUAAAGCUGUGGAAAAAACGCCAUCUAAGACUUGCGAUCCGGAGGUGUAUGAGAAAAAGAUCAAGCUUCUGGAGAAACAGAGGAAAGAUGUACUGGAGGUGAACAAACAGUGGGACAUUCAGUGGAAUUCAAUGAAGACACAGUUUGAGCAGAAGAUCACAGACCUACGGCAGCGGCUUGCUGACUCCCAAAAGGCUGUGCUUGAGCUCGAAGCAGAACGUGAACUGAGACAAAGAGAUUAUGACAAAAAACUCCUCCUCGCAAAGUCUAAGAUCGACAAUGUGCAGGGCGAGAAGGAGUGCCUCACCUCGGAAACAUGUGAGUUGAAACAAAAGGUGCGUUACCUGCAGGACCAGUUGCUGCCACUUACUAAACAAAGAGAAUACCAGGAGAAAGAGAUCCAGCGGCUUAAUAGGGCAUUAGAGGAAGCUUUGAACCUCCACUCUCCCUCUUCCACCCAGCCAGGCAUGAACCUGGGAGAAGGUGUGGCCAACCUGAGACAGCAGGAGCUGCACACACAGAUAGCUGUAUUGAAGGAGCAGGUGAAAAUCUUUGAAGAGGAUUUCCGGAAGGAGAGGAGCGACAGAGAGAGGAUGAACGAAGAGAAAGAAGACCUGAGGCGGCAGGUGGAAAGGCUGCAGGGUCAAUUGACCAAUCUGACGAAUCAGCUUCAUCAAGCACAGAAUGAGUGUCAGAGAGAGCGUGCCGAGAGGUGUAAACUAGAGAGACUUCAGAUGCAACAUAAGCAGGAGGGGCAACAGGAAAGGAGGACGUCCGAUCCCACUUCUGGCUCGGCUAAUGGCCCAAUGAGCCCUCCAUACUGUGGCCCGUUUGUACAGGUGGGCCAUCAAGGUCUAGAGGGCUGGCCCAUACACUUCCCGCCCAGGAUGCCUAACAUCAGUACAGCACCUGGCAGGGAUUUCCUGCCUGUCAACCCUGGUUUUCCCUGGCAGUCAUCCUUCCCACAACCACGUGGUUCCAGAGGACAAGCAGACACAGCAAGACCCCCUCCAGAAACUGCAGAAAUGGGAGCAACUGGAUUUGGGAAAAGGGAGCGUCAGAACAUAGACCCCGGAAAGCACUAACCACACAUUCUCUCUCCUGGAAUGGCUCCCAGCUAGUAGCAUGAUGCAGUUUAUUUUCAGUUGGCAUGGUGUGAACUAUUGUUUCUUUUCCUACUGUGUAUAUAUAUAUAGCUACCACUGAUGAAAAUGUUGUUUAUAUACUUAAGUUUUAUAAUCCUGUUUGUGAAACACUGUUCUGGCAAAUUACGAGUAUAUACAUUUAUUAUUUUACCUUUAUAUAAUUCUAUGCAGGAAUUGAAGUCAGUUAUUUAAUGGAUAGUAUGAUUGAACGUUAUUCUUAUGACAAUCUACCUAUAGAGUUAGAUCUCCACCACUUAAUUGAAUAAUAGCCACCUGAAAACAUCAUAUUUAGUGAUUCCCUGACACGUGUUGGUAUUGAUUGAGACUGACAAAAACAUUUGUAUGUGCAAUUAGAGAAAAUAUGUAUCUAAAAAUUGUAACUCUAUAGGGGAAUUGUCUUGAAAAUAGCUAACCGUAGAAUGUGACCGUACUGAUUCACGAUUCCUUCACUGGCCGUGAUUGAGAUUGAGUCACAUAUUGUUGAACGUCUGCGUGUGUCACCAUAGGCUGGCGUUACUCUCUGACUGGUCAUCUGCCCUACUGUUUAUUGAAGCCAUA